AUGGACUGUUGGCGUCUUUUUAUGUUGUUAUUUUGUGUAUGUUUCAAAUGGAUAGCUGCUCAAAAAGAAGAACUUCGCUGGACCUACACUGGUUUGGUGGGUCAGUCCGAGUGGUCCGAGCACUUCCCCGAUUGUGGAGGGCCUGCUCAGUCUCCUGUCGAUGUGGUAACCAGUCAAACCAAAUAUGAUCCCACCCUGACCCCUUUAACCCCGCUAGGCUACAGUCAGCACAACUACCAGCCUUUCACUCUGCACAACAGUGGACAUACAGUUAUGGUGACACUUCCGGAGUGGAUGGGUCUGGAGGGGAUGCCCUGGCUCUUCAGCGCAGUCCAACUUCACCUCCACUGGGGCAGCGGUGGUCCGAGUCAUGGGGGUAGCGAACACACCAUCGACGGGUUGGCUGGAGAGGCGGAGCUUCAUAUCGUCCACUACAACUCAGAGCUUUUCACCAACAUCUCUGCAGCGAUGAAGCAGAAGAACGGACUGGCGGUUUUAGGGAUUCUCAUCGAGGCAGGUGAUGAGACCAACCCAGGAUUCAACAAUAUAAUCCGCUACUUAAGUCGAAUCAGGCACGCAGAGCAGAAAGUUCUCAUCCCAGGGUUUGACGUCUCAUCGCUGCUUCCCAAAGACCUGGGACGCUACUAUCGUUACAACGGCUCUCUGACCACACCGCCUUGCUACCAGGAGGUCAUCUGGACUGUGUUUUAUGAGAAAGUGAAGAUCUCCAAAACACAGCUGUUCAAAUUGGAGACAAUUCUGUAUUCGAGUAAAUAUGAGGAGAUGGACCGGAUGCUUCUGCAGGACAACUACAGAGCCACACAGCCACUCAACCACAGAGUCAUCCUCAAGUCCUUCUCCUCAGAUCCAGGGAAAGAGCUGUCUCCAGGUGAAGUCACGGCCAUUGUGGUGGGUGUGAUCUGUGGCUGCGUGGGGCUGGCCGUCAUCAUUCGCUUCAUCACUAAGACCAUCCACUCGACCUCUAGCUGGGACCUCCUUCACAGUCAGCGUCCUGCUCCCCCGCCCAGGCCAAAUGAUGUUGGAAAAUCAAGCAGUAAAAAAACCGAUAUUGCAGUGAAUUCAAGACCAGAGCCAGAGAAAAGAGAAGAGAAAAGUCGCACCUGGAGGUUUUCGUUUCUCUUUUUGCACCCAUCAUUGUUUCAGCAGGAUCACAGCAGCAGAAUGCCUGCUCUGUGGCUGUUUGUGCCUUUGCUCGCCUGUCUCCUGCUGGGGCAGCAGGCGUGUGCCAGGAACGAGGCUCCGUGCCAACUUUCCAAGUGGAACAACGGCUUCCAAACUUUCCUAAAGCGCCACAUCCGCGAGGACACGCCCCGCUCCCUGGACCAGAACCAGUGGGAGAAGUAUAUCCAGAACAACGGCGGCUGUCACAGGCCCACGCAGUCCUUCCUGAGCCCGGACGACCUGGAGCGGGUGAAGGCCGUGUGCUCGGCCCGAGGAGGCAAAGUGUUCAAGGAGAACCUGUGCAUCAGCCGAGAGCCCUUCUCCUUCGUCACGGUGCGGAGCGAGCCCGGUACGUGCAGCAUCCGCAAAAUCACUUCUGAGAGCAAGCACCUGAUCCUGGCCUGCGAGGUCCUGGACAACCGCUGUGUGCCGGUGCACUUCGAGGGCAACCCCUCCUUCCACAAGCCCAGUAACAACGACCCGGACUGCGGGGAGAGGCGGGCUGGUGGCCGGGCGGCUGUGUGCAGAGACGGGAUGCUGUGGUUAGGAGCGGUCCUUCUCAUGCUCCUCUACUGA